AUGAAGAAGGCCGAUGGCCGAACGGCGACUGGCAUUGGCAUGGCCACGGGGGCCUCGGAAGUCCUACUGGUGAACCCCAUCAACUUCGUAAAGUUCCGUAUGCAGAGACCUGAAUGGGGCUACACCGGCAUGGUCGAUGCCAUUCAGACCAUCUACCGCGUGGAAGGCCUGGGAGCUUUUUGGAAAGGUGCCG